ACCAUAUCCAACGCUCAGCGUUCUCCCAAACCCUAACAUCAGCGGCUCACAUUCCCCCAUAAAAUCCCAAAAAUUCCAUCACUCGUAUCUGGAUCGUCCAUUCUUCACCUCAACCGAAAUCCAACGCUCCAUCUCUCGAAAAGCACGCAUAUUUCACACGAUACCAGUAGCCACCUAAACAAAAACCGCUCUACCAAAAUAUCUCUCUCUCACACACACACACACAGAAGAUAGACACUAAAAAUGGAGAAGGAGAGAGAGCAGCAAGUUUACACAGCAAGACUCGCUGAGCAAGCCGAGCGUUACGAUGAGAUGGUUGAAGCGAUGAAGAAAGUUGCUAAACUGGAUGUGGAAUUGACAGUGGAGGAGAGGAAUUUGGUGUCUGUUGGAUACAAAAACGUGAUUGGGGCAAGAAGGGCAUCAUGGCGUAUAUUGUCUUCUAUUGAACAAAAAGAGGAGGCAAAGGGUAAUGAACAAAAUGUUAAGAGGAUUAAGGAGUAUCGUCAGAGAGUAGAAGAUGAGCUUGCUAAGAUUUGCAAUGAUAUAUUAUCAGUAAUUGAUGAGCAUCUUCUUCCCUCCUCGAUGACAGGGGAAUCCACUGUUUUUUACUAUAAGAUGAAAGGAGACUAUUAUCGCUAUUUAGCUGAGUUCAAGACCACUGAUGAUCGGAAAGAAGCUGCAGAUCAGUCCCUUAAGGCUUAUGAGGCUGCCACCUCUACUGCAGCCACAGACCUACCCCCUACUCAUCCAAUCAGACUUGGCCUGGCUCUGAACUUUUCUGUUUUCUACUAUGAGAUUUUGAACUCCCCUGAAAGGGCCUGCCACCUGGCGAAACAAGCAUUUGAUGAAGCAAUAGCAGAACUUGAUAGCCUCAAUGAAGAAUCGUACAAGGACAGCACCCUUAUAAUGCAGCUUCUGAGGGAUAAUCUCACUUUAUGGACAUCAGAUUUGCCUGAGGAGGGAGGUGAGCAAUCCAAAGGUGAUGAACCUCAAGCAGAGAAUUAGUUGGGAUAGAGAAGAGAUAUUCUUUCAGGCUGGUUUCAUUGGAGAGGAAGGAUGAGCUAGCAUGACCAUUUAUUAGCAGUAGUAGUAGUGGUACAGGAUAUGGUGGACCAUUGGCUUGUAUUUUAUUUGGUUGAACAAAUGUUUCGAGACAAUUGUGAUGUCUUCUUUGCUUUUAGAACGUAUUGAACUGGCUAAAUGCAUGUUUGUGCUAUGCUUUCCAAAUUCAUAGCUUUAGCUGCUUGUCAAGUUGGUGUUUAAAUUUUACAUAUACUGCCUCUCGCAUUUCUUA